AUGGCCCAAACCAAGUCCGACGAUCAAGAGUACCUCGCAAAGCCACCCGGGCCAUGCUGCUUCACAGGCACCAUCCAUGACGGCAACCCCGCCGGAAAGGUUGAGGACAUAAUUGAGGUGCCGACUUACGUCGUCCGGCCUACCGACAUGGGUUCCUCUCCCAACGGUCACGUCGUGCUCUACUUCCCGGACGUGUGGGGCCUCUCGGUCAAUGCCAAGCUGCUGAUGGACGGCUUCGCGUCCGCCGGGUACACGGCGCUUGGCAUGGAUUACUUCCGUGGGGACCCAAUUUCCAAGUAUCGCACCAACAAGUCUGAUCCGCUGCCACCCGGGUUUGAUCACGCUGCUUGGCGCACGAAGCACUGGACGUUUGCAACUCAGAACGUGCCCAAGUGGACGAAUGCAGUGCGCGAGAAGUUUGGCGGCCAGGUGGCCGGCACGGAGACCCGCUAUGCUUGCACGGGGUACUGCUUCGGUGCACCAUUUGUAUGUGAUCUUCUCGCCGGUGCGGCUGGAGAUGGUGAGCCGGUGGUGUCGGCCGGUGCAUUUGCCCACCCUACGGCCUUGAAGGAGGAGCAUUUCUCAAAUCUCAAGAAACCAUUGCUGCUUUCUUGUGCCGAGAAUGAUCAAGCGUUCAACACCGAGUCUCGGCGGAAGGCCGUCGACGUUCUUCAGCGCGAACAAAAGGCCUACCAUGUGCAGCUUUUCUAUGGCGUGGGGCACGGGUUUGCUGUGAAGGGCGACCCUGCUGAUCCGUAUCAACGGUGGUGCAAAGAGCAAAGUCUACGUGCUAUGAUUGACUGGUUUGAUCUUUGGUUGGUGAGAAAGCAGUAA